AUGCACGCAAGAGGGAAGGUGAGGACGGUGGGGCGGGCGACUACGCGGGUGCCGGCACUGCGACCAUCGGGUGUCACUGGUAAUGCAAUCGCUGCCCAGCCACUCUACCCUACGUCUGCCACCCGCCAUUUCUUCAAUCUCGGUUGGCCAUUUUCCGAGAAUGCAUCCGCAGCGGAUGCGGGCAGAGCCAUCGAGUACAAGGACGAACGUGUGCUACCAUAUUCAGCGGAUGAGGUGUACGACGUGGUCUCGGACGUGGCCAAGUACCAGGACUUCCUCCCGUGGUGCACGCACUCGCGGGUCCUCUUCAAGACGCCCACGCGCAUGGAUGCCGAGCUGGGGAUAGGUUUCAAGAUGUUGCCCGGCCAAAGCUAUGUCUCUCAAAUCACUAUGGAGCGGCCUCGGUCUCUCAAGGUGGUCGUCACUCCGGAUAGCUCCCUCUUCAAUCAUCUCAUCAAUAAUUGGGCUUUUCAAGACCUGUCGAAAGAUGGCAAGAAGAGCUGUCGCACCUUCUUCGACAUCAGUUUCGAGUUCCGAUCGCAGCUGCACAAGAGCAUGGCCGAUGCCUACUUCCAGGAGGUGGCCCAGAACAUGAUCCAGGUGUUUAACGACCGCUGCGCUCACGUCUAUCGUUGGGGCAAGCAGUAA